ACAUUGAUUAUUAGCCACCGUUCCACCACCCACACCCGGGCACGAAUUAAAUAAAAACGAUUGUGUAUGAAAAAGUUUUCCUUAUCGCAUCAGUAGCAUUGAUUGAAAAUAUAAUCUCUGAUAUAUACGAUCUACACCAAGUGCGAGCAAUUUACAUUUAUAAUCCAUAUGAUAAUUAUUUACAAUUUCAGUGGUCCUCGACACAAACUAAAGUAGAAGUAGUUGAUACAAUGUUUCUUUCUUGAAAAUAAUUUUGUUUAAAUUCUAGAUUAAAGGUGUUUUUAAAAUAUGGAAGGAUAUUAUUCGACAGUUAUCGGAUGAUGCUAGAUAUUCAGACUAUUUUCCGUUGACGAUUUUUCAACGAAUUCCAGAAGACAAAACAACGAAUGAAAUUGAUCGAUAUAUGACUGAAUGGUUGUGGUUUCCACUAUUUACUGAUGCUCUUCUAGAAAUGAAACCUGUUGAUAAUGCCAAGCAAUUAUUUGUUGUUAAACUUAAACAUUAUUACAAAGGAAAUACAGCAACCGAGAAAACUUUAAAUGAAUUUAACGAAACGUAUAGUUCUGACUGCGCAGUAUCAUGGUAUACAAAAGACACAUUCCUAUAUCGGGUACUGAAUAAAGCUCUUCGUCAUCAAGAUAUCGAAACGAUUUUGCUGUUACACUUUUUUAUAGUCGAUUUACAUAAUCAGCUUAAACAAGAAUACGAAAAACAGCUGGGCAGCGAACGGACUAAACUUUAUCGGGGACAAUUAAUAUCAAAACAAGAAGUUGAAACAUUGAAGAAAGCGCGUU